AUGAGGGUGAUAAAGGUGAAACAGUCUGAUACCAGCUAUGGGCUCAAGGGACAAUUUCUUCAGACUCCAGGCCCAAAUUCCCCUCAGCUGAUCCCAGCGUAUCCUCGCUCUCUCCCAGUGCCCCCCAGAGUGUCCAUCUCACUGUGGCCCUCGAGCUCCCAGCCCAGCCCUGGCUGCCUGCUCUGCUCUGUGAUGGAUUUCUACCCUGCCCAGAUCCAGCUGAGGUGGUUCCAGGGCCAGCAGGAACUCUCAGGGCAUGUAGUGGCCACCGACCUGGUCGCCAGUGGGGACUGGACUUUCAAGCUCCUGGUGCUGCUGGAAACCCUCCCCAGGUGGGGGGUCACCUCCAGCUUCCAGGUGGAGCACAUCAGCCUGGAGCACCCCCUGAGCCUGCACUGGGCGUUGCCGCCGGACACCGGGUGCAGCAAAGUGCUGACGGGGAUCGGGGUCUUCAAGUUGGGCGUCGUCUUCCUGACGCUGGGGCUCGGAAUCUAUGCAAGAAGGUGA